ACGGCGCGCGUUCGGUUUUUGUAUUCGCCAGUCUGCGUCCGGUGUGCUCGCCACGCUGACCACCGUGUGUUGGCACGUGAUCGUGUGUGUGUGUGUGUUUCGAAAAGUCCAUUUAAGUCGACGUGAUUUUCGAAAUUUCAGUCGCGACGGCAGUGAACGGAAAAAGGUCGAAAAGCCCGCCGUUAAAUAACAACACAACCGGAAACGAUCGAGGAGGCUUCAGUCAUCGUGAUGCCCUUCCGCUGUCGGUCGACCGCAUCAUGUUGACGGGCGGACCGGGUUGUCUGCUGUUUUCGAUUGUCUGGUCGUUGACGAUCGACGAUUCGUUGACCGCAUUGCCGUCCGUAAUACGCAUAGGAGCAAUAUUUACUCAAGAGGACAAGGACAGCACUACAGAAGUCGCAUUCAAAUACGCAGUGUACAGAAUAAACAAAGACCAAAUCUUGCUUCCAAAUACGACGUUGGUGUACGACAUAGAAUAUGUUUCGCCACAGGACAGCUUCAAAGCGUCGAAAAAAGUAUGCCGGUUGCUGGAAAAUGGCGUGCACGUGAUAUUCGGCCCGUCCGACAGUCACUUGGCCGGGCACAUAGUUUCCAUAUGCGAGGCGUUCAGCAUGCCGUUGCUGUUGUCGAUCGCCGAUCGCGGUACCGACUUAUCCAGGAGGCACUUCGUCACCGACAUGUUCCCGGCACGCGGGCACCUCGGGCAGGCGUACAGGGACCUAAUCGAAUUUCUCAAUUGGACGAAAAUCGCAAUCGUCUACGACAACGAGGACGGUCUGCUGUUGAUACAAAACCUGAUGAAAACGUCAAAAGCCGAUUUCUACAUCAGGCAAGUAGACCCGAACACGCACAGGCAAGUGCUCAAAGAAAUCAAAGACAAGCACAUAUACAACGUCAUCGUUGACGUUCAUUCGAACAAUAUCAACGGAUUUUUCAGAUCGAUUCUUCAACUGCAAAUGAACGACUAUCGGUAUCAUUUUCUUUUUACGACGUUUGAUCUCGAAACGUUCGACUUGGAAGAUUUUAAGUACAACUCGGUAAACAUGACGUCGUAUCGGAUUGUAGACGACGAAAACCAAAAAGUGAUCAACGUACUUCGCGAAAUGGAACGGUUUCAGAGAGUCGGCCAAAACAUGUUACACGAAAGCGGAGUGAUUCGGGCUGAACCCGCGCUAAUGUACGAUGCAGUCAAUGUGUUUGCUCACAGUAUCGGAUCGAUAGGUCAAUCCGAACGAAUGCCAUCAGAAAACAUCUCAUGUAAAUCAUCGAAUCGUUGGGCCAACGGCACGUUUCUAUACGACAGACUGAACGCGGUAGACAUCGAAGGGUUGACCGGUAGGAUACAUUUCGAAGUUGGCAAACGGUCGGAUAUAAAGCUGGAUUUGCUCAAACUACACCAGGAAAAAGUCAAGAAAGUUGGAUUUUGGACGCCUUCGACCGGUAUUAACAUCACAAAACAUUCAGUUUUUUAUGGCCAACAAAGCUCCAAUGUAACGCUUAUCGUAGUAACUCGAAUAGAAAAGCCAUACGUUAUGAUCAAAGAAGACAAAAACCUUACGGGCAAUUCCAAAUAUGAAGGUUUUUGCAUUGAUUUACUACAUAGAAUUGCUUCUCAAGUUGGAUUCCACUAUGCGAUUACGAUAGUACCGGAUAAUAAAUACGGCGCUUAUGACCCGACCACGAAACAAUGGAACGGUAUAGUGCGAGAACUUAUAGAUAAGAAAGCUGAUUUGGCGAUGGCGUCGAUGACAAUUAACUAUGCCCGGGAGAGCGUUGUAGAUUUCACCAAACCGUUCAUGAACACGGGCAUCGGUAUAUUGUUCAAGGUUCCGAGUAACGAACCGUCAAAGCUCUUCGCCUUCCUGAAUCCGCUGGCGACCAGCGUGUGGACCUUUAUGCUGGUGGCGUACUUGGCCGUCAGCCUGUCCAUGUUCUUUUUGGGUAGGUUUUCACCGUACGAGUGGCGACCACAUACUGAGGAAAAGCACCGUCAAAACCGGUUCACGAUAUCGAAUUGUUUUUGGUUCGUCGCCGGCGUUUCGUUGAAACAGGACGCGGGAAUCACGCCUAAGGCGACUUCGGCGAGAAUUCUAGGAGGUAUUUGGUGGUUUUUCACCAUCAUAAUAAUACCCUCUUAUACAGCUAAUCUGACCGCGUUGCGGACGGUCGAACGACUGCAAAAACCCAUACAAAACGUCGCAGAGCUAUCGUCGCAGGAAAAAAUAGCGUACGGUACACUCGAGGGCGGUUCGACCAUGUCGUUCUUCAGAGACUCACAUAUACCCAUAUACAAGAAAAUGUGGGAAUUCAUGGCGAAACAUAAUUCGGCGUUUGUGUCCACCUACGACGAAGGUACGAAAAAGGUGUUGGAAGGCAACUACGCUUUCCUGAUGGAGUCGACGAUGAUAGAUUACGCGGUCCAGAGGGACUGCAACCUGACGCAAAUCAGCGGCCUACUGGACUCGAAGGGCUAUGGCAUAGCGACGCCAAAGGGUUCUGUGUGGCGUGACAAGCUGUCGUUGGCCGUGCUUGAACUCCAAGAGAAAGGCGUUAUUCAAAUGCUGUACGACAAAUGGUGGAAGAACGCGGCCGACAUAUGCAUCAAAGACGAAAAAGUCAAAGAAUUCAAACCUAAACCUCUGGAUCUCAACGACCUGGGCGGAGUGUUCGUGUUCGUCUUAUGCGGACUGACCGUGGCCGUCAUCGUCGCCAUCUUGGAAUUUUGUUGGCAUUCGAAAAAGAAGUCUAAAGACCAACAACAGUCCGUUUGUACGGAAAUGGCGGAAGAACUCAGAUACGCAAUUCGGUGUGACGGUACCAAGCACAAAGCCACGUUGAAACGAACGUGCAACGGUUGCUCACCAAUCACCACAUACGUACCAGCGCCCAUGCAAAUGAAUCAUGUUACCAGUCAUAUAGACAACGUUCCUAUGAUCGAGCUUUCAAGGCCAGCAAUAAGCAUCGACCACGAGGAUCAAUAACAUUUGUCGCCCGACUCGCCACCUUUGCACCCGGCGAGUCGGAGCCCUUUCAAAAAUGUCCAAUUCCGGUUCCACUAAAUAAAAGGAAUUUUUUUCACCGUGUAAUGAAGUCAACUGCCGACUAAUAAUAAUAAUUAAGAACUCCGUUUUAGAUAUCUUCAUUUUUUUUCCAAAUGAAAUAAAUGUAUAACUCGUGUUUUUGUUACUAGUAAAAUAUAUGUAAAUACUAACAAUUGUUACAUGAAAAUAAUAAUAUUGUAUUUUACAUGUUUAAGUGAUUUGAACAAUCAAUGUUAACUGUCCAUAAAUUAUUGUACCAAAAGUGAUUUUAAGUUUUAAUUAUUAUGUGCUUCGUGUUAU